AUGGCUAAUAAUAAAUCAAAGGAAUUUAAAGAAAAGCUUUCUUUAAGUAAUACUGUUAAUUCAACAUUCGAAGAACCAAUCUCAAAUAAUUUACAAGAAGAAUGGAGUAGUAUAGACAUUGAAACUCAAGCAAAAAGGAAAAAGACAUCACGAGCUUCAGAAACCGAUGAGCAACGGGAAGUAAGAUUAAAAAUCGUUCAAAUACGCACUUCUCAAGUUCGUUCGUCUGAAACAGACAUUCAGAGAGAAGUAAGACUGGACGCCGCUCGAGUAUGCAUUGCUAAAACCCGUUCAUCUGAAGGAGAUAUUCAGCGGGAGGUAAGGCUGGAAACCGCUCAAGUACGCACUGCUCGAUCUAGACGCUCACUGCACAUUGAUUUAAAUCUUGGUGCGUUCAAUUACAAUCCUAAUUAUAAUAACAGUCUUCAUCCAAGUAUCGAUAUUGGAAAAAUGGAUAAAUUAUGUAUGUAUUGCUGUGCCUUUAAAUUUAAGACUGAAUCACCAGAAAUGUGCUGCGCAAGUGGAAAAGUGAAAUUACCAGAAUUGCAUUUACCAGUCGAACCAUUAUUAACGUUGGUUUUAGAAACUCAUCGCUCAUACGACGCAUUGCAAUAUCCGAUUUUAUUCUGGCAAGGAGAAGAUGAAUAUCAUUUCAACAUCAAAUUGAGAAAUCCACAAACAGGCGAGGAAACAGAUAAGAAAGUUAGUGCUAUGAAAUACUAUUCAUACCGAUUAAUGAUUCGUGACAACAUUGAAAAUCAUAUCUUGAAAUGUCGACAAUUGUUUCACCAAUACAUUGUAGAUAUGUAUGCUAAAAUUGAAACGGAACGACUCCUCUACAUUCGAUUAAAUCAAACCAAGUUGCGUUCCGAAGAGUACAUCAAUUUACGUGAUGCAGUUGUUAACGAUGGUAAUGUAAAUCCCAAUAAAUUGGGAAAAAUGAUUAUUUUACCGUCUACAUUUUCAGGGAGUCCACGGCACAUGCAUGAUGUCAAUGUUUUCGGUGAGACACGCUGUUGGAUGUACUCUAUUGAAUGGCAAAAGGUUGAAAAAAUCACACCAGAUCAAAUUGACCAAGUUAUCUCAGCAGAAAUACCAGAUGUUAACACUGAUCCAGACUUAUUUCAAAUAGUCACCAAAAACAUGAUUCAUGGUCCAUGUGGCCUACUAAAUUACAAUUCACCAUGCAUGUCUGAAGGGAAAUGCACGAAAAGAUACCCAAGAGACUUACUUACAGAAACUAUCACUGGCAACGACGGAUAUCCACUCUAUCGUCGACGAUCAACAGAAGAUGGCGGGAAAUCAAUCACUUUAAGAUUACGAAAUAUUGAUGUUGAAGUCGAUAAUCGUUGGGUUAUACCAUACUUACCGUUACUAUUGAAAACGUACAAAGCACACAUCAAUGUUGAAUAUUGCAAUUCAGUGAAAUCGAUAAAGUAUAUCUGUAAAUAUGUCAACAAAGGAAGCGAUAUGGCUGUUUUUGGAAUGGUAAAUGCAACCGCAUCAAUUGACGAAAUCGACCAAUAUCAACUGGGGCGCUACAUUAGUAGCAAUGAAGCAAUAUGGCGAAUUUUAUCAUUUCCAAUCCAUGAACGACAUCCAACAGUUGUUCAUUUGUCAGUCCACCUUGAAAAUGGACAGCGUGUAUAUUUCACGACAGAAAAUGCACACCUAAGAGCAUUGUCACCACCGCAAACAACGUUAACUGCAUUUUUCUCAUUGUGUAGGGAUGACAUGUUUGCAAAAACACUACUUUACUCUGAAGUGCCAACAUACUUCACAUGGAAUACUUCAGCGAAAAAGUUUCAACGUCGCAAACAAGGUAAAGUAGUUGAAGGACAUCCCAAUUUAUAUUCGACCGACGCGUUAGGCCGUCUGUUCACUGUUCACCCAAACAAUGCAGAAUGCUUCUACUUGCGAUUACUGUUACGUACGUGGACUGACAUCUUUCCAAAAAUUGAAAACAGUAAAAAGUAA